UUACUAUAAUGAUUUUGGACUGACCAUAGUACCUUACAUUUCCUAUAAAAUAUCACACAUCAAAAUUGGAUUAUUAUUAUUCUCUUCAUCACUUUCUCUUCUCUACUAGACAAUGAACACACACACUGAGAAAUCCAAACAAUCUUGUACUGUUAUUCUCUAUAAUUGUCUCUUGUUCUUCAUUAUCUUGGCUUCAUUGUUUGCACUAACAAAAACUGAACCAGUUGGAUAUGGUUACAAUGUUAAAUCAGUAAGCGUUGACUCAUCUGGUAGAACGUUGACUGCUAGUCUUCAACUCAUCAAAAGUUCAUCUGUUUUUGGACCUGACAUUCAAAAUCUCAUCCUUACUGCUUGUUUUGAGAAGAAAGAUCGUUUGCGAGUCAGAAUUACAGAUGCAGAUCAUGAAAGAUGGGAAGUUCCUCGAGAAUUUAUUGCUCGCGAAACUCAUUCAACCCCCCGCAGCUCACUCUUGGAAAAACAUUCUUUUUCGUCACUUCCAUUAUUGGAAGACACACAUUACUUCCAUACAAACACCAUUUCUGACCUUAGUUUCACUCUCUACAACACUACCCCUUUUGGCUUUACCAUCAAGCGUCGCUCCUCAGGUGACGUCCUUUUUGACACCUCACCUAAAAAAGAUUAUCCGGACACGUUCCUCAUAUUCAAGGACCAGUACCUUCAAUUGUCCUCUGCAUUGCCAGCUAAUAGGUCAUCAAUCUACGGGCUUGGGGAGCAUACUAAAAGAACAUUUAAGCUCAAGCAUAACCAGACAUUAACUCUUUGGAAUGCUGAUAUUGCUAGUGCAAAUGUUGAUCUCAACUUGUAUGGGUCCCAUCCUUUUUACAUGGACGUCAGGUCUCAUCCUGGCGUGGGGACUAGUCACGGGGUUUUGUUGUUCAAUAGUAACGGGAUGGAUAUUCUAUAUGCUGGUGACAGAAUUACUUACAAGGUGAUUGGAGGGAUCAUUGAUUUGUACUUCUUUGCUGGUCCUGUGCCAGAAUUGGUCAUGGAACAGUACACAGAGCUCAUUGGCCGCCCAGCACCUAUGCCAUACUGGUCUCUUGGCUUUCACCAAUGCCGUUAUGGUUAUAAAGAUGUUACUGAAGUUAAGAAUGUGGUAGCUGGCUAUGCAAAAGCUCAGAUCCCUCUUGAGGUCAUGUGGACAGAUAUUGAUCAUAUGGAUGCCUAUAAGGAUUUCACACUUGAUCCGAUCAAUUUCCCUCUUGACCAGAUGAAGAAAUUUGUCGAUGCACUUCAUCACAAUGGCCAGAAAUUUGUUCUCAUAUUGGAUCCAGGGAUCAGCAUAAAUAGCUCAUACGAGACAUACAAGAGAGGGAUGGAAGCGGACAUUUUCAUCAAAUGUGAUGGUAUCCCUUAUCUUGGUGAAGUUUGGCCUGGAAAAGUCUACUUUCCCGAUUUCAUAAAUCCCCGAGGCAGAGUCUUCUGGAGUAACGAAAUCAGAAUUUUCCAUGACCUUCUCGCUGUUGAUGGGCUCUGGCUUGACAUGAAUGAGUUAUCAAACUUCAUUUCUUCUCCCCCAAGCCCAUCUUCUACCAUUGACAACCCUCCUUAUAAGAUCAAUAACUCUGGAACCUUACGUCCAAUAAAUGAGAAGACGGUCCCAGCAACAUCAGUACAUUUCGGGAACACCUUAGAGUACAAUGUUCAUAACCUCUAUGGAUUCCUCGAAGCUAAAACAACCAAUGCUGCUUUAAUUGACGUUACUGGUAAAAGGCCAUUUAUACUUAGCAGAUCUUCUUUUGUGGGUGCUGGCAAGUACACAGCACAUUGGACCGGAGAUAAUGCAGCUACAUGGGAUGACUUGGCUUAUAGUAUUCCUGGCAUUUUAAAUUCUGGAUUGUUUGGGAUUCCCAUGGUUGGAGCUGAUAUAUGUGGUUUCGGUAAAAAUACUACUGAAGAAUUAUGUCGCCGCUGGAUUCAGGUAGGUGCAUUUUAUCCCUUUGCAAGAGACCACUCUGACAAGUUUUCUAGCCAUCAAGAGCUAUACAUCUGGGAUUCAGUAUCUGCAACAGCCCGAAAAGUGCUCGGACUACGCUACCGGCUCUUACCAUACUUCUACACGCUAAUGUUCGAGGCACAUUCCCGAGGCGUCCCUAUAGCACGUCCCCUUUUCUUUUCAUUUCCCGAUGACACAAACACUUAUGAAAUCAACUCACAAUUUCUCAUUGGUAAGGGAUUAAUGAUUUCCCCAGUGUUGACAUCUGGAGCGGUUUCAGUUAACGCGUAUUUUCCAUCGGGUACCUGGUUCGACCUCUUCAACUAUUCAAACUCCGUGAACAUGAAGUCCGGUAGCUAUAUCAGCCUUGAUGCACCACCCGAUCAUAUCAAUGUACACCUCCGGGAAGGACAUAUACUGGCUAUGCAAGGUGAAGCAAUGACAACAAGGGCAGCCCGGGAUACCCCGUUUGAACUUCUUGUUGCCCUCAACAACAUGGGAAAUAGUUCAGGCGAAGUAUUUUUGGACGAUGGCGAGGACGUUGAAAUGGGAGGAGAGAGUGGAAAGUGGAGUUUAGUGAAAUUUCACACUUAUGUUGUGAACAGGAAGUUAUAUCUCAGAUCAAAGGUCAUGAAUGAAGAGUUUGCUAUGAGUAAGAAUUGGACCAUACACAGAGUGACUUUUGUUGGACUGAAGAAAGGGGUGAGUAAAAUAAGUCCAUAUAAUUUGAACACUAAAAUGGUGGGCAAAAGGCAUUUAUAUUCAAGAAUUAGAACAAAAUUUGCAUCUGGUGUUUUGGAGAUAACAGGUCUAUCAGUUCUUAUUGGAAAAGAAUUUACUCUUGAGCUAACACUUGCCAAAUGAUUAAGAACAGAACAGUGAUGAUCUUAUUAUCUUCAUAUUGUAGAAUAGGGAAAAGAAAGAUUUUUUCUUUGUCUGUUCUCAUUUACUGAUGAACUGAUAAAGCCAUGAAGAAUCAGCUUAGCUAUAUGUUUAUGUACUUCAAACAGAAACUGCCACAUUGUUUAUCAAUGGUGUUAGCGGAAAAAUUGUGAAGGUUAUUGCCAUGGUAUAAUAAAUAUUGUAAUUGUUGUUUUCUUUGUUAAA